CUUAACCAUUUUAUUUUCUCUUUCAGAGGCCGCUGGUGUAAAAUUUACUCGCUUUCAUCUACAUUAGAUGACUUACAGGGAUGCCAUUCAGAAUCUUCGAGGUUCUGAAUUCUCCUUUUCUUCUCUACUGUCAUCUUCCUAACCUUGUCAAGACAAGAAGUAGAAGAAAACGUACUUUUGUUUCUUUUCUCCUUGAGUCCGCUUCACUUGGUGCCCACAUCAGUAUCAUAAAGGAUCCUUAAUUUCUCUGCCAUGCAGAAUUGGGACCUGCUGAAGAAUGUGGAGCAGUACUGAAUUGGUCAGUUAGUGGUGCUUUCUGAGAAAGGUUGGAAAUUCAUUAGCAAGAUGGGUUGCAUUCGCAGCAGUGAAAUGGUAAUAAGGCCUAACGAAAUGAGACUCAUUACUGUGAGUUUACUUGGAGUCCUGUUCGGUUUCCUGAUAGGGUCGUCUUUCCCUAUAGUGAAUUUCAACCUUCCAUCUAGCAUUUUGCCUUCCAAUGGUGUUUCUGUUAUUGAGAAUGAGGACUCUGGGCAUGCCACUGAGAUAUCAUUGGAUCACUCUUGGACAUCUAGAAGUCCGCAAAAACGCAGCCAUCAAGUGAACGAUACAUCUCAGAUUUAUGUUCCAUCAAAUCCUCGUGGUGCAGAGCUUCUCGCUCCCGGAAUUGUUGUUCCUCAAUCGGACUUGUAUUUGCGAAGAUUGUGGGGUGAUCCCAGUCAGGAUCUACAAAUUAAACCAAAAUAUUUGGUAACUUUCACAGUUGGUUACAAACAGAAAACCAAUAUCGACGCUGCAGUAAAGAAGUUCUCAGAAAACUUCACGAUUCUGCUUUUCCACUAUGAUGGACAAACAAGCGGAUGGGAUGAGUUCGAGUGGUCAAAGAGGGCGAUUCAUGUCAGCGUGCAAAAACAGAGUAAAUGGUGGUAUGCCAAAAGAUUUAUGCAUCCUGAUAUUGUUGCUGCAUAUGAUUACAUAUUUCUAUGGGAUGAAGACUUAGGACUCGAGCACUUUGAUGCUGAAAGAUAUAUAAAAGUGAUAAGGAAGCAUAAACUUGAGAUCUCACAGCCAGGGCUGGACCAAAAAAGCAGAACAUUGUGGCGCAUGCCCCGAAGGAGAGAAGAAGGUGAAAUGCACAAAGAAACGACAGAGCGGCCUGGUUGGUGCAGCGACCCGCAUUUGCCACCUUGUGCAGCGUUUGUGGACUUAACGGCACCUGUUUUUUCUCGAGAUGCAUGGCGUUGCGUGUGGUACAUGAUUCAGAAUGACUUGGUUCAUGGAUGGGGUUUGGAUUUCAUUGGCUUGAGAAGGUGUGUGCAACCGGCACAUGAACGGAUUGGAGUUGUGGACUCUCACUGGGUUGUCCGCCAGUCUACUCUAUCACUUGCGGACCAGGGUCAAGCAGAAAAUGGAACGGCGGGACAGAAAGAGAUUUUGGAAAGGAGUCAAACGGAAUUGGUCAUAUUCAUGCAUCGAAUGACCAACGCCGACAAGGCAUAUUUCGAGGCGAUGGUGUCAACUCAAGCCCACAAUUCCACAAGAAAUUAUUAAGAAAAGAAAGAUGGUUCUUCUUGGCCAAGCAUGCAAUUGCCUCAGUUUCUGACUUUGAUAUGUUCUUCCUUUCUUAAAUAAUGUACUGCUGUAUCACUCUCAAACAUGUACUUAUUUUUUUUUUCUGGUUGAAUUGAGGGAGAACAUUCACCAGGAAACAAGAGGACAACACCAAAAUGAUAUGAUAGAUGAGGGUAGAAGGCUAGGAACUGAAGCCCCUGCGUGUUUGGUUUCACAAGGAUGGAAUUUUUCUGUUUUAACAUUUAUUUUAGGAGUAAACGGAUUGGAUUCAUAUUGGAUAGACUCUUAAUGAUAUCUUCCUUUUCGGAUAUUCA